AUCCUGCCCUAAAAAUGCCCACGGAGACGGAGCGCUGCAUCGAGUCGCUGCUGGCCGUGUUCCAGCGCUACGCGGGCAAAGAGGGCGAUUCGCUCACCCUGAGCAAACGGGAAUUCCUGGAUUUCAUGAACACCGAGCUGGCCGCUUUCACCAAGAACCAGAAGGACCCGGCGGUGGUGGACAGGAUGAUGAAGAAAUUGGAUCUCAACAGCGACGGCNAAUGGGCGAAAACGGGGAUUUUCUCCAAAAAAAACGGUCCCACGCCAAGAAGUUUGGAUUGCUCCCAAAAAGAUUGGGAUUAG